CGCGGGUACUUAACAUUUUCUUAAUUGCACCAAAACAAACAGUCUGCUCGACCUUCGGAGUCGAAGAGGAUGAGCCUUGAGAGACCACGGCGCGGCGCACAAGUGCGCGAUUAGAGCACGCACGGAGAUAAGUCCCAACGCGCGCGUGUUAUAAAACCGUCCGCCGACGUCUACGACGAUCAAUCCGAUAAGUCUAACCGAUAAGUCGUCAUCAUGCUGUACGUUAUCUUCGGCUACGUGCUGGCGAUUCUUCUCGCCGUGAAGAUAAUUUUCAAGUUGACAAACGGAGUGUGUCGUUCCAACACCUGCCUCGUCGGCAAGACAGCACUGAUUACCGGCGGCAAUUCAGGCAUUGGUUUCGAGACUGCGUUGGGAUUAGCGGCGCGUGGUUGUCGUGUUAUCAUCGCCAGUCGAACCAGUAGUGAUCGGCAAGUUGACGAUAUUUUUAAAGCUACUGGAAACGCGAAUGUGCUUGCAAAACGCUUGGAUUUAGCGUCUUUAGCGUCGGUGCGCGCGUUUGCCGCUGACCUACUCGCUGAGGAAGAGCGUCUGGAUAUCCUGGUCAAUAAUUCCGGAGCGGCAGGGCUUGGUAACGUCUUCAGUGCAGACGGACUACAGACUGUCAUGCAGAUAAACCAUUUUGGACCAUUUUUGCUCACUCACCUUCUAAUACCUCUUUUAAAGAAAACGCCAGGAUCACGUAUACUCUUCACCAGCUCGAUGUUGUCCUUUACCAACAACCUGGAUGAUCUGGAGAACCUUAACCGGCCUUAUAAGGACCGAAAUGUCGAAAUUGAUAAACUAACCGACUUCCGUAUAUAUUCCAACAGCAAACUGUGUAAUAUUAUUUCUGCACGAUAUUUCGCGAAGAAACUACGUGGUGAAGGUAUAACCUCCAACUCACUUCAUCCCGGUGUGGUGCACACACCAAUUUAUGGUCACGCUUUUUCGAAACAUGUACCACAAUUCUGCACCGCCAUUUUCUAUUCGCUGCUUGGUUUUCUCUUGAAGGAUCCGUUCGAGGGAGCACAAACCACGUUACACGUGGCACUCUCACGCGAUUUAGAUCAAGUCAGUGGAAUUUUCUGGGAUUGCAUUUCGUUCAUCAUGCCACGCGCUGCUCGAAAUCCCGACUUGUGCCAGAAAGUGAUAAACGAAUCAAUCCGAUUGGUCAAGUUGACUAACGAGGAAAUGUUGUAAAUUUUAUAAGCAAUAAAUGGUUAUUUAUGA